CAAUGUAGAAAAUUGUCGUUUCUUUUUCUCAUGAGAUAAUAUUUAGGACGUCAGCUGUUUCGUGAACAUAAAAUAUAUUGCCUGUAACUCUGGAAUAUUUCAUUUGUAUUUAAUUUCUUAAAAAUAACUAUAUGUUUUUACGGAGGUGGAAACAGGGUAAACAAAAUGUGAAAUGCUGAAAAUGUCUAACUUGGCUAAGAAAGUGAGACCAGAACAAAAGUUGCCUCUCAAAUCUACAGUAACCCAAAGCAAGGCAUCUUAUGAUCUCAAGAGGCUCCAGUCCCUGCUUGCCAAAAGCAGUUCCAGACAAGAGGUGUCAACACCGAGUCACAGUAAAGCAGCCAACAGCAGGGCCAUCAGAUCCUCACAUUCUCCAAAACACUCCAGCAGGCUCAGGAAUGAAACUUAUCCUGACAAUGAAGUGGCUCAACUGGAAAAAUUCAGCAUAAUAUACAAAGACCAAAGAUGUUUCAGCAGUCACCCGUUGAGUAAACUGUUCCUGGACAUUCUUACAUCUUUGGUCAGGAAUCGACUCUGCAGUGAAUGGAUCGACCAUGCAACACCUGAAGCCGUCAAUAGAGUUCUGAUCUGCCUUCGACUGCUGAUCAGGGAUCCCAAUUAUCAGAAUAUUCUUCACCAGCUCGAAGGCAUCAGUCUGCUUGCCAAGUACAUGGAGUCUGUCACUGCCAAGUACAUUUCCUGUGGUGAGGAGGUGUUUGAUACACAGAAGCUCGUUACAAUGACCUACAUGUUUCAGAAGCUGUCGACUGCUGAUAAUCAAAGGCUGUGGGUCACUGAGAGUGGCGCACACAGGACGUUGGUGAAACUCCUCUCCACCACAGACCGCGGCGUUUUACAGGGAGCUCUGCUUGCACUCACCGCUUUGGCUGAGAGCUCUGAAUGUAGAUCAGAAAUCGGAGAACUGCAAAUUGUGGAUAGCCUUCUUGUAAUACUGCAGGAAUAUGACCUGCUCUCAAAGAGAAUGAGUGCUGAGCUGCUGAGGCUCCUGUCUUCAGUGCAACAUGUGAGGGUCCAGCUGAAGGAGCUGGAGGGAGUACCGGUGCUGCUGAGCCUCCUGCACAGCAGGAACCUGAAGCUCCUGUGGAGCGUCACCUGGGUCCUGGUCCAGCUGUGUGAGGAUGCAGAGUCCAGGGCUGAGAUCCGGAGCUGGGGGGGCGUGCAGCAGCUCCUCCGUCUGCUCAACGUGCAGCACGCCUCUGACCGCUCCAGCAUUGAGAUGCUUCCCAGCAGCGCCACCGAGGAGUUUGGACCGCAGGAGGAGCUGCAGAACGCUGCGGCUCUGCAGUCCGCGUGCUGUACAGCCCUGACUGAGCUGAGUCUGGACGACACGUCUGCUCACCACAUCGUACAAGAAAAUGGUAUCUACAUAAUUGCAAAUCUAAUUUUGUUAAAAAGCUCUGGACCGAAGGUCACGUCUUUACAGUGCUACGCUUUCCGAGCGCUGCGAUUUCUCUUCAGCGCUGAAAGAAACAGGUUUAUUUUUAAAAGUCUCUUUCCCACAGACCUCUUUGAGUCGUUUAUUGAUGUUGGACAUUAUGUCAGAGACCUCACAGCUUAUGAGGAGCUACAAACCAAAGUGUCUCUCUACACUGAAGAGGAACUGAGUUGUCUGAGAGAGAAUAUCGAGUCCCUGAACCAGAACCGACCGCCGCUCAGAGUAAUCGGUAGCUACUCUAUAUUGGACCACCUGGGCUCCGGGGCGUUUGGAAGUGUCUUUAAAGUCCAGAAGCAGACCGGUCAGAACUUCCUGGCUCUGAAGGAGGUGAACCUGCACAACCCGGUGUUUGGCAAAGACAAGAAGUCCAGAGACAGCAAUGUGGAAAAGAUCAUCUCUGAGCUUACAAUCAUCAGAGAACAGAUGACACACCCAAACAUAGUUAAAUAUUACAAAACAUUUUUGGAAGACGACAAGCUUUACAUCGUAAUGGAGCUGAUCGAAGGCGUGCCACUGGCUGAACAUUUCAACUCUCUGAGGGACAAGCAACAAAAAUUCACUGAAGACAGAAUCUGGAACAUUUUCAUCCAGAUGUGCUUGGCCUUGAGGUACCUGCACCAGGAGAAGAGGAUAGUUCACCGUGACCUUUCACCCAGUAACAUCAUGCUGGGGGAGAACAACAAAGUCACCAUCACUGACUUUGGGCUCGCCAAGCAGAAACAGGAGAACAGUGAGCUGACAUCAGUGGUCGGCACCAUCCUUUACUCAUGUCCAGAGGUGGUGCAGAACAAGCCGUAUGGGGAUAAAGCCGACAUCUGGGCUUUGGGCUGCAUCUUGUACCAGAUGGCAGCUUUACAACCACCGUUCUACAGCAGCAACAUGCUGUCACUGGCCAGCAUGAUCGUUGAGGGAGUCUAUGAGCCGGUUGAAGAGGGAGCGUUUUCAGACAGACUCACAGAUAUGAUCCGAUGGUGUUUGAGUUCGGACCCGGAGCAGCGGCCGGACAUCGCAGCCGUCAGCUCCAGGAUCUCUGACCUCAUGAUGAGGCUGAUGGACGGACUCUACAUCUCCCAGAAUGCACUGCAGCGCAGGGCUGAUAAAGACAGGAAACGAACACAGAAGUAUUUUUUGGAAAGGCAACAGAGCAGGAAUAACUUCUGCCACUCAGACAUGGAAAGGCGGCUGACUGAGACGGAAUGUUUGGCUCGGAGCUCCUCUGCAGUCUGCAGCUCUGGUGACGCCAUGCAGGCAAACUGUCAAGCUCCAGACUUGGAGCCCGUGGUUUGUGACUCACCGGAUCAGAUUGUAGCCUGUGGGGAUUUUGCUGCUUCCAAGAUAAAAUCAAGACCAGGGUCUCUAGGGAUCUGCGUCUCUCAGAGGAAACUGCGACAGAUCGACGAUCCCAUCCAACGGCUGCUGGUUCAGCUGCACAAAAUCAUCUUCAUCACUCAACUUCCUCCCGCUCCGAACUACAACAUGAAACGGCGACUCGUUGAACGAUUCAAAAAGUCUCUCUUCCACCUCGGCAGCGACCCUUACAACCUGAAGGUGGAGCUCAGAAAGCUGGUCCAGGCUUCCUCAGAACUGGUGGAGACGAGCUCGACCAGUUUGGACUGGCAGCAUGUGGUGCAGCUCCUCCGAGGGGAACGCCUCACUGCAGACACGUCAGGUGAUGAGAACCUCAGGGACGGAGUUACAUAUCAGCAGAUGCAGGAAAUCAUUGAGGAGCUUUUAGAGGAGAACAGAUACUACCAAGCAACAAGCAACAGGGCCAAAGAAAAGAACCGGCAGCCAUCUGCUUCCACCUGGCCAGGGGUCUGACCACUGAUGACAUCAGCAGCAGCAGGACUUGUAAACACACACAUGAGCAAAGACGAAAACAACAUGCUGACAUUGAGGAGGAGGAGAAGAAGAAUGGCGCGCAUUAAUGACAGCAGGGAUUUUUAACUACGUUUGAGUCUCUGAGGAUCCAGCGGUUUUAUGAAUUUGGAUGGAAACUCAAAUGUGACUUAAAAAUGUAACGUGCAAAGAAAAAUUACUGGGGCAUUUCUAAAAGAUAUUUAUGUUUAAAAUUAUUUGCACUUUCAUCACAUCUACAGAGUAAAGAAGCUAAAUUAAAUUAACUUAUUUUAAUAUGCAGAGCUUUGACACAGUUUUCCACUCUUGGACUUUUCCACAUUUUGUCAACUUCAACCAUAAAUUUAAACAUAUUUAACUUGAAUUUUAUGUGAUUCACCGAAACGGAUCAAAAAUCUUACUUCAGGAUUUCCAUCCACUUUGUCAUUGACUCCGAUUCCUGCUACAGAAAAGCAACACCACAGCAUGACGCUGCCACCACCUCUUUGCUGUGAUCAGAGUAUUUGUCGUUUGCAAUUUUACUUCCACUUUCCAAUAGUGAUCUACUUUGUGUUAAAAGUAGAUCAUGAAAUGGCAUUAAAAUAGUGUUUUGGUUUGUAAUGUGAAGAACAUCGAGCGGUGAGGAGAUAAAACCUUUUAUAAUAAAACUCUGUGGUGGCGCAGCAUUUAGAAUCACCGCAGCGGAAACAUUCA